AUGACUGAUUGGCUUGAAUUAGAAAGAAGGUUGCAAAAGAAUCAGACAAUUGAUGCAAGAGCACAGCUACAAUUGAACAAAGAAAAAGAACACUGGAAACAUGUGUUACAUAGGAUAAUUGCUAUUGUGCAAAGACUAGCAAAAAAUAACUUGGCCUUUAGAGGAAGUUGUGAGAAGCUUUAUGUUGAAAACAAUGGUCUCUUUCUACAAAUGGUUGAAAUGAUUGCUGAGUUUGAUCCAAUAAUGAAUGAGCACCUUCGGCGUAUUAAAGACCAUGAAACUUAUACUAUAUAUCUUGGUAGCAGAAUUCAAAAUGAAUUGAUAGAAAUGUUGGCAGGUGAGGUAAGAAAGAAAUUACUCGCAAAAGUCAAAAAGACAAAAUACUUUUCAGUCAUCUUAGAUUGUACUCCAGAUAUUAGUCAUAAGGAGCAAAUGUCUCUUGUCUUACGGUGUUUGGAUGAGUCAGAAAAUUCAACAAAAGUGAAAGAAUACUGGAUAGAAUUUUUAGAGGUGGAUGAUACUUCUGGGCUUGGACUUUUUAUGCAUCUUAAGGAUGCUUUAAUCCAUCUUGAGCUUGAUAUUGAUGAUAUACGAGGUCAAGGAUAUGACAACAGUUCUAACAUGAAAGGGAAACACAAAGCUAUGUCAUUUUUUGGAGUAAUACAACACAUUUAUACAUUAUUCUCCUCUUCUACGAAGAGAUGGAGAAUCUUUAAAGAUCAUGUAAAGGGUUUGACAGUUAAGCCAUUGUCACAAACACGCUGGGAAAGUCAUGUUGAGAGAGUGAAACCUAUUAAAGAACAAACUGCACAAAUUAGAGAUGUUUUACUUGACUUAACAAAUGAUACUGAAGAUCCCAAAACAAAAAGUGAAGCAGAGUCCUUGGCAUUAUAUGAACUUGAGAAGUUUGAAUUCUUACUUGGUGUUAUAAUUUGGUAUAAGUUGUUAUUCGCAAUUAACACUGUGAGUAAAUUUCUUCAAUCCGAAAAUAUGGAUAUUGAUGCUGCUAUCAAACUCUUACAAGGAAUUAUUAUAUUUCUUGAAGAAUAUAGAGAAACUGGUUUUGAUAAGGCAAUGGUUGAAGCUAAAGAAAUGGCAAGUGAAAUGGGCAUUGAAGCAGUAUUUUGA